AGCAGUGGAGGAAGAGGCUUGUUUUUGUUCGAGGACUUGCAGCAACGCAGAGCUGAACAGAGAGAGGGAAACUUUUUAACCUAAAGGACUGGGGGAGUGAGGAGGCACCACAGGGAUGUGGGCGUGCCUCGGCUUGCUCCUCACUCUCUGCCUGCUCCACGGGGGCGGGGCAGAGAGUGAGGGGGGUGGGCCUCGCUGUCAGCUGCCCCCGGCCUGGAGGAUAGGGGAGGUGGAGCCCAUGAAGGGGUCAAUGGGCCGGGUGACGGUGGUGGCUCUUCUGCAGGCAAGCUGACUGUUCUGCUUGGUGCAGGCUUCCAGAAUGGAUGGCCUGCACCAGAAGAUGGAGAGUGAAGGUCUGAAAGAUGUGGUUUACAUGGUUGUGAACCACCAUGGGGAGCAAGCACAACGCCUGCACCCCAUGAUGGCGCAGAGGCUUUCAGUGAACAUCACACUCUACAAACAGGAAGAGCAGCAGCCUGAUGUUUGGCAGACACUGGGCGGAGACAAAGAUGACUUCCUCAUUUACGACAGAUGUGGCCGUCUCACCCAUCACAUCUCGCUUCCAUACUCCAUCAUUGGACAGGGCCAUAUUGAGGGUGCAAUCAAAGAUGCGUACUGCAAACGCACAUGUGGAGACUGCGUGUAUGAGAGUGCUGAGAUCCCAGAGGAGUGCAAAGAAAAAGCAGAUGCACAGCCUGGUGCAGUUGGUUCUCCAGCUGUAGAGCACGACACUGGACACGGUCACCAUCAUGGUCACCAUCAUGGACAUCACCAUGGUCAUGGCCAUGGUGACCAUGGAGUUGAUCAUGGCUUAGACCAAGCCCAUGAUCACAACCAUGGCCAACACCAUGGCCACCACCAUGGACACCACGGUGCUGGCCAUGGUUCUGACCAAGCACAAAGUCACGGUCAGCAGAUUGUUGAGGUACAGGGUCAUGAGCAAGAUGGUAGGGUGUCUCAGAUGCAGCAUCAUUUUGAUUUAGGGCAGGUACAGCAAGCAGUGCACACACAACAGAUGUCGCACGAUGCUCAUGGAGCCCAUGCAGCGCCUUGAACACCAGAGAAGGUGAGGUGAAAGUCAAAGCACAGCUGACAGUGGGCAGCAGGCUCUGACAAUGACGCCUCUCCCAAAGCCAGCUGAUGCUGACACUGACGCAGGCUGUUUGGCGAUGCAGGGAGUGAGCAGCCGGUUGGUCUCUGACACUGUGAUGAGGCGCUGCCAGCCUCCUGACAGUGACACGGACUGAUUGGCGAUGCAGUCAAUAAUGUUAGGGAGACCUGACAGUGACGCUUGCCUCAUGCUGCCUGACAGCAGCCGCAGCCAGCCCAAUGAGCCUGACCUCCAGGUGUUGUGAGCUGAGGAUGACAGCAGCUGUAAGCUGCUCAAAUUAACCCUCAUAUUAACACCAGCCACCAACACCGGAGCCAAGUGCUCUUUUUACCAACAAGUAUUACCCUGGGACAGAGAGGAGGCAAUCCUGACAGCAGGGAUGUAGGAAAGGGGAACAGUCCAGUAACACAGAUUAAAGAUAACAUACCACAAAAAAACAGAUCAACCAAAACAUGUAAAGCUACUUUAUUAUGCAAAUAAUUUGAUUGUACUUUAACAAAUAUAGAAUAUUGGCCUUGUGUCUGGGUGUCUGUCAGUAGGUUGCCCCUCAUCCUGUCUCAGGAUGAAUGUGGUUGUCAUGUCCAUAAACUGUCGUCUCCAUUUUGUUCUCUCCAUCCUUUAUGAAGACAGGCGCAGAAACUAUGCUCUAGUGGUGUCUGUUUGAUGUCAGGCUGGAGAGAGAGGGGAAGGUAGUUCAAGAACAUGAUGAACCACUGAAGCAUUUUAAAGAUCAGAAUAAAGAAUGACAUAAAGUCUGCAAGGAAAUAAAGCAUUUAAGAAGAGUAAGAGAAGAGACUUUUGCAGUAUAUCAGACAUUGUGAACUAGUUACUUACCAGAAAUCUUUUAUUAGCACUGAAGCUAAAGAAGCUUUAAACCAGCCUAAAACAGCAUAAAGCAUGUUUGUCUGCAUGCGAUUGAUCGUCACUCUUGAGCACAUAUAACAGCACAGAUAGCUUUCUUUUUUGUUUUGUACUUGCUGAUGAAGUGCACGAGCUUUAACAUAUCUCAGGUUUAUCUUUUUUUCCCUUUUUAAAAAAACCAAACACAUUUUUGGCAUUUGGUAUUUGGCAUUCCUUUUUUUUUUUGUUGCAUUUACUAAACUUGCUGUGUAAGCUGCAAAUCGCAUACAUUUAUAGAAUAAAACACACAAAAAAACAAGGCUCUAUUGUUAAGGAAGAAAGAAAAGGAACAUGAGAGUGAAGUAAUGAACGAUUGAUGGAAUACGCUCUGUACUUAAUGACGGUUUCUGUGGGAAAACAAGAGUCACCACGAAAAGCUGAUGCUUGUACAGAGAGUCGUAUUGUGUUCAGACUGUCAGACGUGGAAAUUGAAAGUUGAAUAAAGAUGGUUGAGUUACUUUUUUA